CGGGCGUGCGAGGGAGGGGGGGCGAGCGGCCCAAAAUGGCGGCCGCGUCGCUGUUGGUGCGGCUGACGAGGCGCCCGACCCGGCGCGAGCGACGACAAUAGAGAGCAGGGGAAGGAGCGGCCUCCUCUCUCUCCCGCCCCCUCCUUCCUCGCCUCUCGCUGGUGCUCCUCCUCAGCCGCCGCCGCCGGUCUAGCAUGGUGCGGGUCCGCCGCCGCUGGGCCCCUUCCGCCGCCCCGACCUGACCUCUCCUGCUCCCUCGUCGCCGCCGCCGCCGCGCCGGGGUCCCUUCGGCCGCCAACAUGGGCGAGAGGCUGGAGCUGCGGCUCAAGUCGCCCGUGGGAGCCGAGCCGGCCGUCUACCCGUGGCCCCUGCCCGUCUACGACAAACACCACGAUGCUGCUCACGAAAUCAUUGAGACAAUUCGGUGGGUCUGCGAAGAAAUUCCAGACCUGAAGCUUGCUAUGGAAAACUAUGUUUUAAUUGACUAUGAUACUAAAAGCUUUGAAAGCAUGCAGAGGCUUUGUGACAAAUACAACCGUGCCAUCGAUAGCAUUCACCAGCUGUGGAAAGGAACCACGCAGCCCAUGAAACUGAACACCCGCCCCACCAAUGGGCUCCUGCGCCACAUCCUGCAGCAAGUCUAUAACCACUCGGUGACCGACCCCGAAAAACUCAACAACUAUGAACCCUUUUCCCCGGAGGUGUAUGGCGAAACUUCCUUUGACCUGGUUGCUCAGAUGAUCGAUGAGAUAAAAAUGACCGAGGACGACCUGUUUGUAGACUUGGGCAGCGGUGUGGGCCAAGUCGUUCUUCAGGUAGCAGCGGCCACAAACUGCAAGCAUCACUAUGGCGUGGAGAAAGCAGAUAUUCCGGCCAAAUACGCGGAGACGAUGGACAAAGAAUUCAGAAAGUGGAUGAAAUGGUAUGGGAAAAAACAUGCAGAUUACACACUGGAAAGAGGCGACUUCCUCUCGGAAGAAUGGCGGGAGAGGAUCGCAAACACAAGUGUUAUUUUUGUGAAUAACUUCGCCUUUGGACCUGAGGUGGAUCAUCAGCUGAAGGAGCGAUUUGCAAACAUGAAGGAAGGUGGCCAGAUUGUAUCCUCGAAACCUUUUGCACCGUUGAACUUUAGAAUAAACAGUCGAAACUUGAGUGAUAUCGGCACUAUUAUGAGAGUCGUAGAACUGUCACCACUCAAAGGGUCUGUCUCAUGGACUGGGAAACCUGUUUCUUACUACCUGCAUACUAUCGAUCGAACCAUACUUGAAAACUACUUCUCUAGUCUCAAAAAUCCAAAACUCAGGGAGGAACAAGAGGCAGCUAGACGUCGGCAGCAACGAGAAAGCAAGAGCAACACCACAACGCCAACAAAGGCCCAAGAGAGCAAGGACUAUGGUGCUGAAGAAGAGGUGGCCCCCGGGGCCAAUGCCAUCAAAAAGCCAUCUCCGUCCAAACCCCGCAAGAAGAAGCUGAGCAAGAAGGGGAGGAAAAUGGCCGGCAGGAAGCGCGGGCGCCCCAAGAAAAUGAACAUUGUGAGCUCAGAGCGCAAGCCCAAGAGGAAUCAGACAGCCCUGGAGCUCCUCCACGCUCAGACCGUUUCACAGGCCGGCUCAUCUUCUCCUCAGGAUGCUUACAGGUCGCCUCAUAGCCCGUAUUACCAACUACCUCCUAAAGUGCAGCGGCAUUCGUCAAACCAGCUGUUGGUGACCCCCACCCCACCUGCACUCCAGAAGCUGCUAGAUUCGUUCAAGAUCCAGUACAUGCAGUUCAUGACGUACAUGAAGACUCCUCAGUACAAGGAGAACCUUCAGCAGUUACUGGAACAGGAAAAGGAGAAGAAUACUCAACUUCUGGGGAAGGCCCAACAGUUGUUUACUCACUGCCAGGCUCAGAAGGAAGAAAUCAAGCGGUUGUUCCAGCAGAAACUAGAUGAGCUGGGUGUUAAGGCACUGACGUACAACGACCUUAUCCAGGCUCAGAAGGAGAUCUCGGCUCACAACCAGCAGCUGAAGGAGCAGACCAAGCAGCUGGAGAAAGACAACGGCGAGCUCAGGAACCAGAGUUUGCAGCUGCUGAAGGCCAGGUGCGAAGAGCUGAAGCUGGACUGGUCGACGCUGUCGCUGGAGAAUCUGCUCAAGGAAAAGCAAGCACUGAAAAACCAGAUCUCCGAGAAACAAAAGCAUUGCUUGGAGCUGCAGAUUAGCAUCGUGGAGCUCGAGAAGAGUCAGCGGCAGCAGGAGCUACUGCAGCUGAAGUCCUACAUGCCUCCCGACGAUUCGCACGCCCACCCACGCCACAAGCGCCACCUGAGCCGUGAGGUGGAGCCCGAUCACAGCACAUUCCACCCCGAGCUGGAGUGCUCCAAGUUCCCCGCAGGCCCCCACCUGAACGGCAUGAGCCCCGAGCUGUCCAUGAACGGCCAUGCCACGCCCUACGAGAUCCACGCCGCUCUUGGACGCCCGGCCUCCUCGUCGUCCUCCUCGUCGUCGUCGUCCUCCUCCAAGCAGGGCACCCCCCAGUACCCGGCUUCCCACCUGGACCAAGACAUAGUCCCCUGCACGCCCAGCCACAGCGGCAGGCAGAAGCCGGACAAGGCCUCUAGCUUGUCCUUGCCAGAUUACACCCGCUUCUCCCCGGCCAAGAUCGCUCUCCGCAGGCAUCUGAACCAGGACCACGUGGGCAGCGGGAAAGCAGCGCCCGCUGAGAACCACCAGAGGACUGAGCACGUGAAAGAGAACGGCCUCACCUUUUCAAGCCCUCCGAUGCCGAACGGCCUGAAGAUGAGCCCUCAGGAACCCCAACCCCCUUCUCCGGCAGCUUUGUCAGUAGCCAAUGAGAAGGCUUUGCGAGAGAGGACGUCCGUGAGUAACGGGGAGACCAUCACCAGCCUUCCCAUCAGCAUCCCCCUGAGCACAGUGCAGCCCAAUAAACUCCCCGUUAGUAUCCCCCUGGCCAGCGUAGUCCUACCUAGCCGUAUUGAGAAGGUGAGAAGCACCCCCAGCCCCGUCCACCAGAUCCGAGACUCCUUUUCGACACUUGAAAAACAAUAUGGUGCUAGUUCUCAUAACGGCAUUAGCGGUGGAAAGAUGCCACCUUUGGCUACCUCAGGUUUUUCUUACGUGUCUGGCUCCAUGGCGAUCAAUGGGGCGUUCCCAAGCAGCCCCGCCCCGCUGAACCCCACCAUUGACCACGCGGCCCUGGAGGACGCCUCCAGCUCGGGGAGCCUGUUCAACUCCAUGGCGGGGUCGCGGAGCUCCACCCCACAGCAGCCCUCCUUCCUGGCCAUGCCCUCACGGGCCUCAGCCCAGAGCUCCCCCGCCCACCAGCACUCUGCCAGCCCCAGGCUCAACGGCGCCCCCCAGGGCCUGGCCGGGGUCCUGCAGUAUGUGGACUCCCAGAAGGCACUGGCCGAGGGCGGCAGCGGCAACAGGGGUGACCCACCAGGGAUGGAGCCAGCCUUCUCUGACCCCGAGAGCGAGGGGAAGAGGAGGUUCAUCUUCACCAUCUCACCUGCCACCGGGACCGUCAAGCACUGCCCACCCGGCAAGCACAGUGCCCUCACGGCCAGCAUCCGGGCAGAGUGCGGCCAGGACGGGAAGAAGCGCGGACGGAGGAAGCGCUCCUCCACGGGGGCACCGGGCACAAACUCCGGUGUGUCGCCCAAGCGCAAGCCGCUGCCUGCGGUGGCUGGGCUCUUUGCUCAGCCUUCGGGGUCUCCCCUCAAUAUCAACUCCAUGGUCAGUAACAUUAACCAGCCUUUAGAAAUAACAGCCAUUUCUUCCCCUGAAAACUCCCUGAAGAACUCUCCUGUUCCCUACCAGGACAGCGACCAGCCCCCCGUGCUGAAAAAGGAGAAGCCCCUGAACCAGAGCAAUGGCAUCCAUUACUCGCCGCUGACUUCUGACGAGGAGCAGGGCUCAGAGGAUGACCACAACAGCACCAGAAUUGAGAGGAAAAUCGCGACGAUAUCACUGGAUAGCAAAUCUCCGCAGAAGCCGAUGGAGAACAGCAUCAGCUUAGCCGGGAGGAAGCAGGCCAGCGAAAACACGAACAGCAGCAAGUGGAAGUCAACCUUCUCUCCCAUUUCCGACAUCAACCUGACCAAAGCAGUGGACAGCCCUCUGCAGGCACCGUCACUGAGCCAGAACUCCCUUUUCGCGUUCCGACCGCCCUCCGAGGACGGCUCGGGGGGCGACAACAAGGUCUCGGCCCACCCAAGGAAGCACGGGGCCUCGGCCACCCUCGACGGACUCAGCCAGACCAUGAAUGGAUUUGCUUACAACAGCGGGCUGCUGGCCGACCUCGGUUUACAUAGCUUUAUUGACGGUGCUCCGCUCCCGCACAAGGCCGCUGCGGACGUGGCAGCGGCACUGGCGGGCAGCUCCCCACUGAGCUUCCUGGCGCAGCGCAGCAAGGAGGGCAGUGGGGUACCUGAGACGAACCCCUUCCUGAGCAAAAGGCAGCUGGAGAGCCUGGGAGCCCUCGUGAAAGGGGAAGACUCAAACUGGCCCAGCGGCCUCAAGGGCAAAGACCCCGGCGAGCUGAGCGUCCGCCUGGGAGCCGCUUUGGACAAGUCCUCGGUGCUCCAUGGCAGCAAGGCCGGGAAGGGCAGGGAAAGGGAGGCCAUCGAGCUGAAGAACGGCCACAACCUCUUCAUCGCUGCCACCGCCACCCCUCCCAGCGGCCUGCUCAAUGGCAAAGGCCUGACUGUGGCCCCCACGGGCAGCUCUCCUUCCUCUGUGCCCACCUCCUCCUCCUCCUCCAUGGUGGCUCACCCGUUCUUGAACUCGCUAACCACUGGCUCGCAGUUCCCCCUGGGCCCUAUGGUGACGAACUCCUCGGUACUGCAGUCCCUGUUUAGCUCCAUGCCGGCCGCUGGCCUGGUUCACGUCUCAUCGGCUGCCACCCGACUGACCAACUCUCACACGAUGGGCAGCUUCUCCCCCGGGGUGACAGGUGGAACAGUUGGAGGUAACUAAGGACCUUCUACCUCAACCCCCACGUGACCUAUGCAAGGCCAGCCUGGACCAACGCCUCUCCACUUCCACUUGAAGGUGCUGCCCUCAACCGCUGUAGACAGGGGCUUCUGGCUCCUCCGCCCCCCCCCCCAAUCUCUCUUUACUACUGGACACAUGCAGGAAAACCAGACGAGGAAAGAGACAGGCAAACGGAACGGAACCCUUGAGUCCUAAGCCUAAAAACCGGAAGAAAAUGCUACUGUGAAAUCUUAAGUGUAUGUCUGAACGGCCUCCGAUUUGUAUUGUUGAUAUAGUAUAGAUAUUUAUAUAUUUUUUAAAGUUUGAGAACACGUGUUUUCACAAAAGGCACCCCUCUCCGCUCUGUGUUUUGUUCACUCCAAGCAAAGUCUUGGAACUGGGAAAAACAUGCCGGGGAACGGGAAGAGUGGGGGGGGGGAGAGGAGGAGGAGGACUUUUAACAAACAAAAUUACAGAUUCCUCCCCGAAAUCCUGCUAAUAAUAAAAGGACAGGCCAACACAAGCGGAGACACAUCCAAAAGGUUCUCUUGGUGCUAUUCAUGCCUGACAGACGCUGUGCCUCUCUGGGCUGAGCUCCCCCGUGGUGCUUUUGUGUUUUUUUUGUGGGGCGCAGAGGCCUGGUUGUUUGUGUGGGGUGACCAAUACCAAGCCACGUUCAUAUAUAGAGUGAGUCUGACUCUUCUUUAUUCCACCCGCUCCCACGAGAUGUCUGGUCCAUUUCAUCGUCCGUGUCUCUUCCGCUCUGUAGUGAAGCCAGGGAAAUGAGGAAUCCAGGGCAGGUGGGUUAUCCUCCUCGGAGCUGGCCUGUUAAAAGCAACCUCAGUUGGCCGUUGGGCAGUAGCUGGCAUUGAGCAGGGCCCGGGGACGAACGGAGCCAGUCGUUUUGUAUGGGCGUCAAGGAGGGUUGAUGCCGGCUAUCUGCCUCCCCCCCCAUGCUGUAGAUCUGACCACUGAUGUGAUGUAAUGCUUAUUUGAAGGUGGGGAUGCGGCCAUCGCACUCCCCUCCCGGCUUCCCAGCAGAAUUCAGAUAUGGUGCUCGUGGGGGAUAAAACAUAGCCUCUCCCGCCCCAGAAGCAGACACCCCCGGGUGCGUUUCCGAAGCGAGGGGAAGGGGAUUCCUCUGCCUUAACUGUGAAACCCAAAAAGGGUCGUGUUUGGAGUUAAAAGAGGGUUGAGGUGGGGUGGGGGGGACCCUGACCCACUGGCUUCUGGGGUGGGUGGCGAUGAAAGCAACCCCUACCUUUCUGGCGGAAUGGCUCCCGCCAGGCAGCCAAGCACUGGCAGGCAUUUUCUCACGCCAAGGGCAGCUUCACCUGUAUUUUGGGACUCCGCCUCAGGCUUGGGCACCUUUCUUGCCCGGGUCCAGGCUUUGUAGUCUUCUA